GAUCAGUCAGUCAGUCAGUCAGCGAGUGAGUGAGUUAGUUGGCAGAGUGCAAUUCUCAUUUGUCUAUUUAGUUUUGAUAAUAAUAUUCAUUUUAAUCAAAUCAAAGCAUAAUAUUAUAAUAGAAGAAGAAGAAAAAGAAUAGCAUUUUGAAAUAAAUAAAUAAUACAAGCUAGUGUCAGUCGAUUUUGUUAAUAUGGUUUUUACGGCAAUAACAUAUUUGGCACUUGCCGGAGUUGGAUGGAUUUUUUUGCGAUUGAUUCAAGCUUGUUUUUGGCUACCAAAACAAUUGAAAAAACAAAAUGACAUUCAACAGAUGCUCCAAGACAAGGUUGAUAGUUAUGAAAAGUAUAUAUUGGAAUGUGAAAAAAAAGAAAAAGAAGCUGCUGAACAAGUCACUUUACCAAAUGAUAAUGAUGAUGAUGAUAAUGAUGAAAAUGUCGUUGUAGAAAAUCAAGAUAAUCAAGCAAUUCCAAUUGAUGAAAAAAAAUGGAAAGAACGUCGUGAAUGUCUUGAAAUGUUAAAAAAAGAAUUAAAAAGAGUCAAAGAGGGUGGUGAUAUGUAUGACUGGGAUUGCUUACUUGAAGAUAAUGAAAAAGACGAAGAUGAAGAUGAUGCUGAUGUCAAUGAUGAUGAUGAUAAAAAAAAUAAAAAUAAACCUUUGGGUAAAGAGUUACUAAAUGAUGAUGCCAUUCAAACAGAUGAUAAAGAUAAAAAAUAUCAAUAAAUUAAUUUUUGUUUUUUUUUUAAAUUUUUGCUUAAACAAAUAAAUAAAUAUACUUAUUGAAUGAAUAAAAAUUAUUAUUUAAAUUGCCGAAAAUGCUCUUCAAGCAUACGAUCCGUCCAUUAUCAUAAUAAAUGUAUUUUAUUUUUUUUUUCUUUAUCGAGUGCUUUGCUUUAAUAGAAAAUGAAAUAUAUAUAAAUAAUAAUUGUAUUUUUUUAAUUGUCCAAGAGUGGAGUGAAAAAAUAAAAAAAUAUUAAAAUUUAAAAUUAA